GCUCAAGCUCAAGCUCCCCAUCAACAAUACAAAAACAUCCGCCUCUUUCCUUUCGAUUUCAAGCGCACCGGGGAACAUAGAGCUAUCUAUUCUGACCUCAUAUUCGGAAUCAUGGCUGCGGAUACGGAUUCAAAUCCUUUGAUUUCAACGCAAAAGUCGUCCGAUACAAGCCUUCAAGUUGCUCUUCAUCCUCUUGUCCUUCUUACCAUAUCGGACUACAUCACAAGACAUACGCUACGACAACAAAAAGGCCCUGUUGUAGGAGCACUCUUAGGCCAGCAAAAUGGCAGAGAGAUCACCAUCGAACACGCUUUCGAUUGUCUUUUGAUCGAGGCCGAAGGCGAGAUUCUCCUCAACGAAGCUUGGUUCGAGGAGCGUCUACAGCAAAUGAAAGAUGUGCACAAAGUUCCUGCUCUCGACCUCGUCGGUUGGUACACGAUUCUGCCAGCAUCCGGACCACAGCCCAACCACCUCCCACUUCACCGACAGAUCCUACAGACAUAUAACGAAUCUGCGAUCCUCCUAGGAUUUCAUCCAACUGCGGUGCUUGAAGGCUCUGUUGGCGGCAAGCUCCCUCUUUCAAUUUACGAAAGCAACUAUGAAGCCGAAGACAGUGCUGCUAGUAGCGGAGAGGAUAAAGAGAUGAAGGAUAUUGAAUCACACUUGAGUCUCAAAUUCAGGGAGCUGUCGUAUACUGUAGAGACGGGAGAAGCAGAGAUGAUCAGUGUUGACUUUGUGGCACGUGGUGGAGGCAACGCAACAGCUGUAGAUGGCACAGUCAAAGCAGAACCAGCAUUAAAGUCCGAAGCAGUUUCGCAAGAGCCAUCAGCCAAAGGGAAGACUCGCGCAAGUAAGCAGUCCGGAUCGACGGAUUCAGCAGCCUCAAAGGUACAAGACCAGCACAUCCUCUCUCGGGAAGAUGAAGAGCUUAUCGCUUCACUUACUGCCAAGGCAAACGCUAUUAAGAUGCUGCACUCACGGAUCAACCUUAUCGCGCUCUAUUUACAGAACCUGCCACCGUCUUACAUCUCAAAUACCGUUCCAGAGGGCGUCGAAGCUGCUGACAAAAAAUAUACCCCGGUUAACCAUUCCAUCCUUCGCUCGAUCCAGGCCCUUCUUAGCCGAUUAAGCCUGUUGAUCCCAGCAGAUGCAGCUGCAUUCGAGCAGGAGCUAAUGUCGGAGAAGAAUGAUGUGAACCUCGUUUCAUUGUUGGGUACACUGACUGAAAGUAUUCAAGAUAUCAGAGAGACGGGUAGGAAGUUCUCGGUCAUAGAAGCGCAAAGGGCGAUGAAGUCGAAGACAGAUCCGAGACUAGGCCAAUCGUGGGGUGGUCUUUCGUUUGGUCAAGGAACAGGAGUUAUGGGAGUUGGUGAUCUCUUGGGAUGAGGAACAUAGGAUCGAGUAUCCAAAUGCAUUUGCAUGGCGCAGGGGGAGGGGGAUCAUGAUUGAACGAUUGAGACAGGCGUUUGACAGCGCUUUGCAUGAUAGCAUACAUGAAAUACCAAUUAUAGAAUCUUCUCAAG